UAAGUGGGGAGAAAAAGUUUUUUUUUUUUAUUUUUGUUUUUUUGCAAACACGUUGUUUGAAAAACAGCUUACAAAUGAGUAACGAAUCGUCUGCGAGUGAAACAACACCGCUACGUCGGCCUGACGAUAGAUACAUUAAUUCGCUACCACAAACGCCUCCCCCAACAUCGUCGUCGUCAUCAACUACGUUUAAUAAUUUUCAAACGCGUAACUCGGUCCGCAAUAAUAAUAAUAGCACAAAUUUAACUUCCUCGUUAACGGAUCCAAUAAAUUUGGCUUCUACAACUGUGGCCAUUGCCAAUCACAAUAACAACAAUAUCGAAGUUCAUUUAAGUCACCAUCAUCCUCAUCUUAGCAACAAUAAUAACAACAGCAAUAGUGAAUUAUUUAUUAAAAUGGAAACAAAUAAACGAAUUCUCUAUCGAGUUGGUCUGGAUGUCUUGAUUUUAUUAUGCGUUGGUUUUCCCAUUUUAUGCUUCUUUUUAUGGGGAGAUUCAUAUAAACGCGGUUUCUUCUGUGAUGAUGAAUCUUUGAUGCAUCCCUUCAAAGAAUCGACGGUUAAAAGUUGGAUGUUGUACAUUAUUGGUCUGGUGCUACCAAUUGGCGUGAUACUCAUCGUUGAAAUUAUUCAAUCGAAAAAUCAGGAAAAACUUUCAAAUGGCAACUCGACCACAAGGCGUUACGUUUUUAUGGACUAUGAAAUUCCCGAUUGGAUGGUGGAAUGUUAUAAGAAAGUCGGCAUUUUCGGUUUUGGUGCUGCUGUCAGUCAACUGACAACUGAUAUUGCGAAAUAUUCGAUUGGACGUUUAAGACCGCACUUCUUUGAUGUUUGUCAACCCAUUAUGCCUGAUGGCACAACCUGUGCGAAUGCCACUAAUCAGGGUAAAUAUAUAAUGGACUUUACAUGUGGCAAUCCAUACUCCACAAAACGCAUGUUAAAAGAAUCUAGACUGUCGUUCCCCAGUGGACACUCCAGUUUUACUUUCUAUACAAUGGUCUAUGUAGCGUUAUAUUUACAAUCUCGCAUGACUUGGCAUGGUUCGAAAUUGUUGAGACAUUUCUUGCAAUUUGCUUUAAUCAUGAUUGCCUGGUAUACAGCUUUGACCCGUGUGUCCGAUUAUAAACAUCAUUGGUCCGAUGUGUUGGCCGGUUCAGCCAUUGGUUCCUUAGUGGCUGUUGUAGUGGCCAAUUAUGUGUCCGAUUUAUUUCCUAAGAAAUCUUCAAAAUCCUAUAUGUUACCUCGUUCAAUGCAAGACAUGCCGCCACAAACAAUAACAACAACAAAUGGUAAUUAAUUAAACAAAACGCUCAUCAUUUAAAUAAAACAACAAACUAAUUUAUUAACUUAAAAAAAAGAAAAAAACACACCAUGGGUAAAAAAAACAUUCUAUACAAAAAUAAAAGUAUUUUUUUUUUAAAUAAUUUAACGAAUAUAAGUAAUUUACUUAGUUGUAAGAAAUUAAGAAAAUUAUACUUAAAAAUAAAUAAAAUUUAUGUAAUUUAAAUAAUUUUACUUAAACCAUACUAGACUCGCAGACACAGUACACAAAUAACAAUAAAAUAAAAAGAUAAUUAAAAUAGAUUCAAAACCAUUAAACACAAAUCAUGCUAAAACUGUAAAAAAAUGUUUAAAAAAAUUUAAAAACACUUAUGUAUUUAGUAUGCAAAAGCAAUAGAAGCAGAGCUUUCAAUUAAUUUAAAUAUUUAAUAAUUAUAUGUAUAAAAAUAAAAGUUUAGUUAGUAUGUUAAGUAUAAUACGAUUUAAAUUAAUUCUAAAGGCAAAUAUCUACAACUAGUUGAUUAAGAAUGCACCUCAAGUGUCUUCCUAAUUUCUAAGAAAAGUUAAAGUUAUUAUUAAUACAAUUAAUAAACAAUUAAAAAUAAAUAGAUAAAAUCACACACUGUAAUGUUAAACACAAUAAUUGUAAAAACACAAAUAAUUAAAUGAUAAUAGAUAUUUUAUUUAAAGCACCCAC